GCGUUCUGAAUUGCAGAAUGAGAUAAAAAUUAUGCCGAGAAACGUCCCACGAUGGAUCCAGCUACACUGCCGGUUUAUUUGCUGCCCUGAGCCUUGUAGGCACUCUACAAUGUUCCUCGGGAAGGGGAACGGACUCCAGGAGUGUAACAAUCUAAAUCGCCUUAUAAAAUUAUUUCCUUUAGGUGGUGCAUUUCGUAUGCAGGGUCUACGUGAGGAGCAGCACGACCCUGAGGUCCACGAUUGCGCAACCGUCGAAGACGACGUGGGGGUCACUCGGUGCGGACCCAUUACCCAUGGAAUCCGACGAUUCUCGAAUCAUCGUUACCAUCGUGCAAGUGACGAAUCAUCGGAUGAGAAUGGAGUGCAGCGUAAAAAACAUAUACGCCAAGUCACUUCAGGAUAUCAUGACAAACCGGUGGACGCGUCGUCCAAAGUCCAACUUCCAAUCCUUCCGAUAUGUCCCUGAAUCAGCUGAUAAGCGCCUAUAACCGAUAAGGAAUGAUGUAACGAAUUUAUUCCAAAG